AUGUCUCCUGCUAAGAGUUUGGUGUCUCUGAUGCUAGUGUUGGUGGCUGCAGGCUGUGUUAGUCAGGCCCAGGAGAGGAUUAAGAUAUGUGGGAGAGAUCUGAUACGUCUGGCCGUCUCAUCCUGUGGUAACUCUCGGCUUCGGAGGAGCAUCAUGGAUGUAGAAUUCCAGCAGGAUCAAUACACCUCUCUCUGGGACCGGGAGGCCUCCACAGAGGAGCACCAGGCUCUUGGGAUGCUCCAGACUCCUCCAGAAUCAGAAGCUGGGGAUGAGACGGCGGCCCCCUUGGCUCCUCACUGGUACUCCUCCUCUUCUCGGCUAAGAAGAGCUGCUGGAAAAAUAUCUGAUAUUUGCUGUGAAAAGGGAUGCAGCAUGAGAGAGCUGAUCCAGUUCUGUUAGAUCGACAGAAAUCUCUCUCAUGUUUUCUCUACUUGAAGGCCAUUUAAAGGAAUCUUUUUUUCCUGUUAGCCCUAAGAAGACUAUUUGCUAGAUUUAAUGAUGUCAUAUUGUGUUAAACUUUAUACAUUAUUAAUUAUGGCUACUUGAUCAUAUUAUAUAAAUUAUUGACAAUGUUAUCCUGCAGGACAAAAGCUGAAAUUAGAAAUAAUCUCAGGUUUAUUUUCAUCAAUAUAAUUUAUUCUCU